CGGUUUGGUUGCGGCGCCUGCCCAGCAGGGCAUUUCCGCUCCGCGGCCGGCGCGCUCCCGGUGAUCCUCUUGACCCGGUGCAGAGGCCAAAGAGGACAGAAGAUGGUGACAGAUUCCCUGGAGCUGGAGGCACUGACAGUUAUAAGAAGCAGGCCGACUCUGGUGCUGGGAACCAAACUCAGGUCCUGUGGAAGAACAGGACAAGUUGCUUCCUGAAGGAUCCGUGUGUACUGUUCAAAACACAAUCAGAAAAGCGUCCACAGCUAGAUGGCCCACAUCUUCGUGUAUGGCACCCUGAAACGAGGCCAGCCCAACCACAAAGUCAUGCUGGACCAGUCACAUGGCUCAGCAGCCUUCCAAGGCCAGGGCUGCACAGUUGAGUCCUUCCCACUGGUGAUCGCCGGUGAACACAACAUACCAUGGCUGCUUCACCUGCCAGGCAAGGGCCACUGUGUGGCAGGUGAGAUCUACAAGGUAGAUGAACAGAUGUUGCGCUUCCUGGAUGACUUCGAAGGCUGCCCCAACAUGUACCAGCGCAUAGCCCUGCAGGUGCGGGUGCUUGAGUGGGAGGGUGCUGGUGGCCCUGGGGACAGCCUCCAGUGCUUUGUGUACAGUACGGCCACCUACGCACCUGAGUGGCUACAUCUCCCCUACCAUAAAAGCUAUGAUUCUGAGGGCCCACAUGGGCUACGCUACAACCCUCGGGAAAACAGGUGAGGGGCUAGUGCCUCGGAUGCUAACAGGAUGGAAGGAGCCCACUGGCUGCCUGGCAUAAGCAGAGCUUUCCUGGCUUAACAUCUGUCUAUAGAACAUGUUGACAAAAGGUCUCUGACACAAAUUUUGCAAAUACUCUGGUGUUACUUACUAUUGCUUGCUAUUCAAGUUGCUCCUGAGUUUGUAGGUACUAGAUGAGAAACACUCUGGGCUGCAGUCCCUAAAUGUCAGUUACAGAGCAUCCAGUCCUCCUUUUUUUAAUUUGCUUUGCUCUAACCUUAAGUCGGCAUCUUCUGUGACUAAAGACCUGGUUGCAGUUAGAUCUCAGAAGCCAAAUGUAUUGAUUCCCACAUAUGAAAUCUAGAAAGAAGUGGGGGCUGGGCUGGGGUGGGGUGGGGUGGG